AUGGACAUGCAGCCGCAGCAUACGUAUUUCUGCGAACAAAAUGUGAUGCCUUCUGAUGGCUUUUACGAAUUUGUCGAGGAGGAAGGCGAUCGAAGAGCUGCUAACGUUCGUGAGAGAAAGAGGAUGUGCAGCAUCAAUGUGGCUUUCAUCGAGCUUCGCAAUUACAUCCCAACAUUCCCAUUCGAGAAGCGCUUGUCAAAGAUUGACACCUUGAAUUUAGCGAUUGCCUAUAUAAAUAUGCUGGAAGAUGUGCUGAGGUCACCAAUGGACCCUCACAGAUACAUUCGUCGAUGUGUUGCUAUGUCAAGAAACAGUCAUCCAAAUGCGCCAUCUUGGAGUACGAGUGAUCUCAUUGCUCGGCUAAGUUGGAUCAAAUGGCGACGUCUUGGGAUCGAACCGAUCGAAUAA